CCACCCCCAACAACAAUCAUCUCUCUCCCUCCUCUCUCCCUCUCCCUCCCUCUCCCUCUCCAGCUUUAUCCAAUCUUCUCUCACUGGUGUAAUUAGUUGAAGAAGCAGGAAAUUUAUUAUACUACUAAGUGGGAAGGAUUAGGCAUGGCAAGGGACCAAUUGGUAGUCCUUAAUGCACUCGAUGUUGCAAAGACUCAAUGGUACCAUUUCACAGCAAUCGUGAUUGCCGGAAUGGGAUUUUUCACAGAUGCCUAUGAUCUUUUCUGCAUCUCCCUGGUUACCAAAUUGCUUGGUCGCAUAUACUACACCAAGCCAGGCGCACCAAAGCCAGGCACAUUACCUCCUAAUGUAGCAGCAGCUGUUAAUGGUGUCGCCCUUUGUGGCACUUUAGCUGGUCAGCUAUUCUUUGGUUGGCUUGGUGACAAAUUGGGACGCAAGAAAGUCUAUGGGAUAACUCUGAUUCUCAUGGUUAUUUGCUCUCUAGCAUCUGGUCUAUCCUUUGGAAGCUCUGCUAACGGAAUCAUGACCACUCUUUGUUUCUUUAGGUUCUGGCUUGGUUUUGGCAUUGGUGGCGAUUAUCCUUUGUCAGCCACUAUCAUGUCUGAAUAUGCAAACAAGAAGACUCGUGGAGCAUUUAUUGCAGCAGUGUUUGCAAUGCAAGGAUUUGGGAUUUUGGCUGGUGGGAUUGUGGCUCUUAUUGUGUCAGCUGCAUUUGAUCAUAGAUUCAAGGCCCCAUCAUACCAUGAGAAUCCGGCAGCCUCACUUGCUCCUCAAGCUGACUAUAUUUGGCGUAUAAUCUUGAUGUUUGGUGCCGUCCCUGCUGGGCUUACAUUCUAUUGGCGUAUGAAAAUGCCUGAAACCGCACGUUACACUGCACUCGUUGCCAAAAACGCAAAACAAGCAGCGUCAGAUAUGUCUAAGGUGUUGAACGUGGAAAUUGAAGUAGAGGAAGAGAAGGUACAGAGGUUGGCCCAAGAACCUGUCAAUUCCUUUGGCUUGUUCUCGAAGGAAUUUGCCAAGAGACAUGGUCUUCAUUUGCUAGGAACCACUUCCACGUGGUUCUUGUUGGACAUUGCAUUCUACAGCCAAAAUCUUUUCCAGAAGGAUAUCUUCUCUGCAAUCAAUUGGAUUCCUCCAGCAGCAACCAUGAAUGCGAUUCACGAGGUUUUUCAAAUUGCAAAGGCUCAAACUCUUAUAGCACUCUGCAGUACCGUGCCGGGAUAUUGGUUUACAGUGGCACUCAUUGACCAUUUGGGGAGGUUCUUUAUCCAAAUGAUGGGUUUCUUCUUCAUGACAGUUUUUAUGUUUGCCAUUGCUAUCCCUUACCAUCACUGGACCUUGAAACCAAAUAGAAUUGGGUUUGUAGCCAUGUACUCAUUGACCUUUUUUUUCGCCAAUUUUGGACCCAACGCCACCACAUUUGUUGUCCCAGCAGAGAUUUUCCCUGCAAGGCUAAGAUCAACUUGUCACGGUAUAUCAGCAGCAGCAGGAAAGGCAGGUGCUAUAAUAGGUGCAUUUGGUUUCCUUUAUGCUGCACAAAACACAGACCCAACGAAGACUGACGCAGGUUACCCUCCUGGUAUUGGAGUCAGAUGGUCUCUAAUUGUGCUCGGUAUUAUUAACUUCAUUGGAAUGUUAUUUACUCUAUUGGUUCCCGAAGCAAAGGGUAAAUCACUUGAAGAGGUGUCUGGGGAGAACGCUGAUGAAAAUGAUGGGGAGAAGCAGGCUGCUUCAGCUAGGACGGCUUCAGUGUGAUUUCAGCCAAGUUUGAUCAAGGUUUCGUUCGGUUUAUUUGACUCUGGGUUUAACGCAAUACUUCGUUCUUCUUGUGCAACGCAAUAAAUAUGGAGGUAGCCGCUACAUAUCCAAUGUUUUGGUUCAACUGGCAACCACUCGGUGUGAUUUGAUUUGAUUUUUAGUUGUCUUGGUUUUCCAAGUGAUUCGUGUCUAUAUACUUAAAUCUAUUGAAAUCUGAAUUUUAUUUCCUUUU